GGGGCGGCAGGCUCGCGCCCGGGCUCGCCCCGCGCCGCGCCACAGGCUCGCGCACUCAGCAGGUUGGGCUGCGGCGGCGGCAGCUGUGGAGCUGAAGCGCUGCGUGUGAGAGGUCCCAAACGCUUCUGCGGCUCCCACUCCGCCACCUUUACCUCAGUUUCGGUGCCGGGUGCUGAGAGGGGAAAGGCUCUAGCCUUGGGAUCCCCCCCACCCCUAGCACACCCCUGGCUGCUUCCGACACCGCCUUCACUCCCUUUCUAGCUGCGGGCCUCGCUAGGUGCUAGGCGACUCCGAGGGGGAGGCGACGGCGACGGCUGUCUGUCUGUGUAGAGGAGCCCUGCUCUCCAGCCUUGCUCCGCCGCCGGGCCCUGUAGGGGCCGAGAGAGCUCGGCGCCGGCCCUUCCUCUAGCCUCUUCGUCAACCGGUUGGAGCAGCGUCGGUCCGGGAGGUCUCUGGGCUGAGGCGGCGGCAGCUUCUCCGGCUCCAUCAUGUCCGCGGGCGGAGACUUCGGGAAUCCGCUGAGGAAAUUCAAGCUGGUGUUCCUGGGGGAGCAGAGCGUUGGAAAGACAUCACUGAUUACCAGAUUCAUGUAUGACAGUUUCGACAAUACCUAUCAGGCAACAAUUGGCAUUGACUUUUUAUCAAAAACAAUGUACUUGGAGGAUCGAACAAUCAGGCUGCAGCUGUGGGAUACUGCGGGUCAGGAACGUUUCCGUAGCCUCAUUCCCAGUUACAUCCGUGAUUCUGCUGCAGCCGUAGUAGUUUACGAUAUCACAAAUGUUAACUCCUUCCAGCAAACUACAAAAUGGAUUGAUGAUGUCAGAACAGAAAGAGGAAGUGAUGUUAUCAUCAUGCUAGUAGGAAAUAAAACAGAUCUUGCUGACAAGAGGCAAGUGUCAAUUGAGGAAGGAGAGAGGAAAGCCAAAGAGCUGAAUGUUAUGUUUAUUGAAACUAGUGCAAAGGCAGGAUACAAUGUAAAGCAGCUCUUCCGACGUGUUGCAGCAGCUCUACCUGGAAUGGAAAGCACACAGGACAGAAGCAGAGAAGACAUGAUUGACAUAAAACUGGAAAAGCCUCAGGAGCAGCCAGUCAGUGAAGGAGGCUGUUCCUGCUAAUCCCCCGUGGCAUCUUCAGCUUUCCUCCAGAAGCUCACUGCUUUGGCCCCCUUACUCUUUCAUUGACUGCAGUGUGAAUAUUGGCUUGAACCUUUUCCCUUCAGUAAUAACGUAUUGCAAUUCAUCAUUGCUGCCUGUAUCAUGGAGAUGAUCUAUUAUUAGCUUCACAAGCACAAAAAGUCAGUGUCUUCAUUAUUUAUAUUUUACAAAAAGCCAAAUGAUUCCAGCAUAUUCCAGUGAUAACUUUAAAAAUUAGAUACAUUUUCUUAACAUUGUUUUUCAUUUUUAAUGUUACGAGAAUGUAUUUCAAAAUGAUGGAGCUCUCAACGGUAUGUGGCUUGGUUACAGCACAGCUGUUCAUAGGAGCACUUGCCUUUGCCGACUUACUUGAUCUCUCCCUGCAGUACCCACUUCUCCUUUCCCCCAUCUCCUACUCCUGCCACCCUCCCCCAAAACUAACAAGAGGAGGCAAAGCCAGACCAAGUCAGACCAAGCCCACUGGAAUUACCUUGUAUUUUAGUGAUACCACUUGCUCUAGGCCUUGAGCCAAGAUAUCCAAAACUAUUAUUGAGCACUGAUAUAAAUUACUUAGACCUUAAUUGAGGUAAAAACUCAGCUAUCAUGGAAGGCAGUGCUGGAAUAAGGAAAGGGUUUCUGAUGUGUCUUCAGAAUGAGUCCUAAUGACCAUACUAAGUACUUACAAGUAAAUAAACAUAAAAUAUAUUUCUGACCAAAACAAAUGAUCCUUUCACAUGUCAGACUCUGGGAGAGACAAGUAAAAGUGCUUCAGAACAAGUUUUAAAUAUUUAAUUCUUCUAAGAGCUAAUUCUCCCAAGAUUUUAAAAUGAUCAAAAUAGAGUUCUGGUUGAAAAAGAAGACUUUUUUAAGCAAUAGAUUUCUCUUGAGUUUCUUUAUUUCUUCCUUUGUUUCUUUUUUAAAAAAUGCUAUGCAGGCAAGUCACUGGAGAAAUCAAAUUCCUUUAAGAAGAACCAGUGCAAGAAUUUAAAUUUGGCAUCUUGAUCAAGUGGAAACAAUAAUACCUAACACUUACCAACUAUAGAAUCUUCAGCAGAAUAGCAAAUACUUUGCCCAGGUCAUUUGAGAUCAAAUUGAAGAUGGAAAAUUUUCUUAUAAGCCUUUCGAGGCAGAUCUGAACAAGCAUACAUAGAAGAGGGAAAAGAGAGAAUGAAAAUAAAACUUAACAUUAUGCAGAUUUAUGCCUUAUUUUUCAGCAUUUUUUUUUUUAUGUUGGUUCUCUCAACUUGGUUUUGCUUUUUAUUAGAUCUGUAUAGUUUGGUUAAUUAGUGAUUCAGUUUUAUAUUUAAGCUACAAUUAAUCUUUUUUCUUUGGUGAUAUUUAUUUCUUUGCCUUUUUUAACUACUUUCAAUUUUUAGAUGUUUUAUUCAGUCUCUAGAGCUUCAUCACAAUGGCAAUAUGUAUUUCCCUUAAAACACUGCAAACAAAUAUACUAGGAGUGCACCAUUUUAAUCUUUACUAGUUAUUGUGAGAUUGCUGUGUAAGUUAAUAAACACAUUUGUAAAUACAUUGUUUGCAGGAAGUAAAUUUCUGAGUUACAGCUCAGGAAAAGCCUGCUGAAUUUAUGUUGUAAGCAUUACUUAACACAGUAUAAGGAUGAAAAGACAGCAAAAAUAUCUUCAUACUUCCUUAUCCCCUCAUUGCAACAAAGCCCUUAACUGGGAGAACCUUAUUCCCUUCUCUUUCCUCUUCCUCCUCCACUUCCCACUUUCUGUAUCACCUUAUAAUAUUCAGAGAGCACUUGGAUUAUGGGUCUGAAUAGAGAAAUGCUUUCAGAUAAUCAUUAGCCCACAUACCCCAGUAACUUGUACUCAAAGAUGGGAUGGAGUUGUAAAGUGCUUUUAUAAUACAAUAUUAUUGUUAAAGGCAAGGGUUGACUCUUUUGUUUUAUUUUGACAUGGCAUGUCCUGAAAUAAAUAUCAAUCCAAUAUGGCAGAUGGGUCGGUCAUAUUCUUUAUUUGGAAGAAGUUGUGAUUUCUGAUAUGGGAUGAUUGUCUUCCUACACUGUAGCAUUUGAUGUAUCUUUAAGGCAGUAACCGGUUAAUGCUGCAUUUAAUAUUGGUCUUUUUAUUUGGCUUGGGGUUCUUCAACAGAAGCAGUGAAGUGUGUUCAUAGUGCAGAUUUUCUGUUUAAUAAAGUUUUGCUGCCCAAAAAAAUGUAUAAAUAAACACAAAAGAAAACAA